AUGGAUAUCAGUUACAAGGAAGCGUUUGAACGUUAUAUCGUUCAAGUUAACAGUUUUGGUGCUACACAGUGUCGAAUUGUGGCUUCGAAGUCGAGUAACAUCGACGCGAAAAAGUGUACCAAAGAUGGCCGCGAAUGGUACAGAGCUACUCUUCGAGAAGGCGCCAGGGCUGGCGAUUUUUCAAUUCUCAGACACACUACGAGUAUGAAAACAUGCAAAGAACUAUGCUGUGCAAAUGACUCAUGCGAACUAGCCUUGCUUGUCAAUGGUGGUUGCUUUUCUGUUCAGUGUAAAAGCGCUGAUGCGUGUAUGCCGCAGAAAGUUGUAAAGCGAUCGGGGAUUGUGGCUCCUCGAAUUUUCGUGCGGAACAUUGCCAAGUUUUUAAAGAAAAGGGACCGUGAAAGUAGGAACGCCCUGGAUUAUGAUCCAGACAAGGAACUUAUUAGAGAGAAAAGACAAGCCAGUUGCCAUCACUACCAUGGUCACAUCUGCAACAAUUAUUUGGAUAAAAACAAACUAUUGUACAUAAACAAAAAUCCCAAGAUACUAGAGGAGAGCCUUAGAAGUCCCUUCAGUCUUCUCAAGCCACGACUUCUGGAAGUCUGUGCAAAAUAUGCACUGAAAGCUAUUUGCCUUAGUACGUACCCCUAUUGUUCAAGUUCAAGUAAACCUAAGCCAAUCAGGCUUUGUAGAGAAGACUGCGAAGUGCUGGAAAGUACUGUAUGUGAAUCAGAUUUUAGGGUCGCAAGAGAGUUUGACUAUUUGGCUGUUAUUUUGCCGAACUGCACGUCUUUACCACCCAAGGGAUCUGCAGAGGCAAAAGGAUGUGUCAAGCUUGGUAUUUCUGAAUUAGAAUCAAGUACACAAGAGCAAACGAAAUCACUGGAUGCUAACAGCUCCAAAGACCUGAAGAAAUUACUCACCCAUAGCGAUGAUGAAUCUGGACCAACUACAACUGCUAAACCUGUAACAAACUAUUCUUUACAAAACACUUCAAAAGAACUUUCAGUGACAAGGCCACCAAGUGCUGUAAAUACAGUCAGGUCUUCAUCACUGACACCAAUGACGCAGAAUGAAGCCGUGCAAAAUCAAAGUUUUCUGCAAGCUUCUUUAGGAGAGAUAAGCCCUUCAGAACAGCAGCAAAUUCAGCUAUCAUCUGUUAUUGGAGACAUUACUCCUCAAAACACAUCUCUAACACCUCCUCAGGAUGGACAAAGUAAUGUUACAGAAAAAGUUGGCCCACUGCCCUCACCAGCCAGCCCUGUAUCGACUGUUUCUUCCAUACUGCAAGGUGCAGUGAACCAGCCAACACUUGUCAACGUCACUAGUGACACUGAUCAUGUUAACUUGGCUCAAAGCAGUGACAAUGUAUCUUCAGCACUUCCUCCAGUUGUUACUGCAGAAUCAAGUACACAAGAGCAAACGAAAUCACUGGAUGCUAACAGCUCCAAAGACCUGAAGAAAUUACUCACCCAUAGCGAUGAUGAAUCUGGACCAACUACAACUGCUAAACCUGUAACAAACUAUUCUUUACAAAACACUUCAAAAGAACUUUCAGUGACAAGGCCACCAAGUGCUGUAAAUACAGUCAGGUCUUCAUCACUGACACCAAUGACGCAGAAUGAAGCCGUGCAAAAUCAAAGUUUUCUGCAAGCUUCUUUAGGAGAGAUAAGCCCUUCAGAACAGCAGCAAAUUCAGCUAUCAUCUGUUAUUGGAGACAUUACUCCUCAAAACACAUCUCUAACACCUCCUCAGGAUGGACAAAGUAAUGUUACAGAAAAAGUGAGUGACAUUUUAUUUUCAAGAAUGCUGNCUGUUACCGACUCAGAUGGUGAAUCAGAUUCCACAACAGCGACAGUUACUGUCAAUGAUGAGAAAGAUUACCCACCUGUUGCACGUGCAGGGAAUGAUGUUGUGAUUGUACUCCCUGUGGAUCAUGUGACACUUUAUGGAAAUGGAAGUACUGAUGACAAGGGGAUUGUCAGCUAUGAGUGGAGCAAGACCCCCUCUAGUCCAGCAGUAGGGGACAUGCAGGGUACAAGUUCGCCAACUCUUAAGGUGUCCAACAUGGUGGUGGGUGACUACACGUUUGUUUUAAAAGUGACAGAUACAGGGGGACAGACAGCCAGUUCCAGUGUGACAGUGGUAGUUCAACCUGAGAAGAAUGCACCACCCGUGGCAGUGGCUGGCUCAGAUAAGGACCUGGUAUUUCCUGAUGACUCUACAGUCCUUGAUGCUUCGGCAAGUCGUGAUGAUCAGAAGAUUGUGAGUUACCACUGGGAGCAGUCAAGCGGUCCACGCCAAGCUGAGAUGUCAGGAGUCAACGAGAAAAUUGUGACAGUAAAGAAACUCCUGGAGGGUCACUAUGUGUUUAAACUGACAGUUACUGAUGACAAAGGACUCACAGGAAGUGAUACAGUGGCUGUUAAUGUUAAAAAAGGUGAAGUUCAAAAUAAAGCAUCGGUAAUUAAUCUACUGUAAUGGUCUAAGGGAUGGCAGUCCUGACUAGGACUCAGUGAUUGAUAAGCACUGAAUGACUUGCCCCAAGGGAAAGAUUGAGUUUUGUUUCCCCGAGUCAUUGAGUGUCGAAGAGAAACAAAACUCACUGUUUCCCGUAUACCUCCCAACUAAAAAAUAGAACAAACUGCUAAAAAAUUAUUCGUUUCAUACUGGCUAGUACACAAUUUUUCAGCGGUAUCAAGGUACAGGGCCUGAUCACGUGCGAGUCGAAAGUGC